UCAGGAGGGAGCAAACAUAAAUGCAUCCCCCACCUCCGUCCAGAAGCCAUCGUUGUCACGGAGGCCCCCCUCCGGCCUUAGGAGGAAGUUAAGGGUGAGGGACGGAGCCAAGAUUCAUUCCGGGGCCAUCUGUCAUCCAGGUGCAAUUCCUGGCUCCUGGGGCAUCCUGUCCUCCCUGCCGGAAAGCCGGGGCAAGCAGGAGUCACGGGGUCAAUUCCCAGAAUCCCAGGGUCAGGGAGGCUGGGGGCAGGGCCGGGCACUGGACAAACAGAUCAAAGGUGAGACCAUGAGGCUCCAGAUCCGGCCUGGUCAGCUGGAUGGGUGCACGAUGAGGCUGCUACUGAUCUUCCUGGGCCUGCUGUGGGGCUCGGCAGCCGCACCCCAGGGCCCGCAGUGGCCCGAGCCCGUGUUCGGGCGCCUGGCAUCUCCUGGCUUCCCCGGGGAGUAUGGCAACAACCAGGACCAGCGCUGGACCCUGAGGGCUCCCCCCGGCUACCGCCUGGGCCUCUACUUCACCCAUUUCCACCUGGAGCUCUCCUACCUCUGCGAGUAUGACUUUGUCAAGCUGAGCUCAGGGACCAAGGUGCUGGCCACGCUGUGCGGGCAGGAGAGCACAGACACGGAGCGGGCCCCCGGCAACGACACUUUCUACUCGCCGGCCUCCAGCCUGGAUGUCACCUUCCACUCCGACUACUCCAACGAGAAGCCCUUCACGGGCUUUGAGGCCUUCUAUGCGGCAGAGGACAUCGACGAGUGCCAGGUGCCCCCAGGAGAGGCGCCUCCUUGCGACCACCACUGCCACAACCACCUGGGUGGCUUCUACUGCUCCUGCCGCGCGGGCUAUGUUCUCCACCGUAACAAGCGCACGUGCUCAGCCCUGUGUUCAGGUCAGGUCUUCACCGGCCAGUCGGGGGUGCUCAGCAGCCCUGAAUACCCACAGCCGUACCCCAAACUGUCCAGUUGCUCCUACAGCAUCCACCUGGAGGAGGGGUUCAGCAUCAUCCUGGACUUCGUGGGGUCCUUCGACGUGGAGACGCACCCUGAAACCCUGUGCCCCUACGACUCCCUCAAGAUUCAAACAGACAAAGAGGAAUAUGGCCCAUUUUGCGGGACGACGUUGCCCAGCAGGAUUGAGACAAAAAGCAACGCGGUGACCAUCACCUUUGUCACAGAUCAGUCGGGGGACCACACGGGCUGGAAGAUCCACUACACCAGCACAGCUCGGCCUUGCCCUGGUCCGGUGGCUCCACCUAAUGGCCGCCUCGCGCCUGUGCAAGCCCAGUACGUCCUGAAAGACCGCUUGGCCGUCUUCUGCGAGACUGGGUACGAGCUCCUGCAGGGUCGUCUGCCCCUCAGGUCAUUUGCUGCCGUGUGCCAGAAAGACGGAUCCUGGGACAAGCCGAUGCCGCAGUGCAGCAUUGUGGAUUGCGGCCCGCCGGAAGAUCUACCCAACGGCCAAGUGCAGUAUGUCACAGGUCCUGAAGUGACCACAUACAAGGCGGAGAUUCAAUACCGCUGUAACGAGAUCUUCUACACGAUGAGAUCGGAGGAUGGUAAAUAUGUGUGUGGGGCUGAUGGAUUCUGGACGAGCUCCAAAGGAGAAAAAUCGCUCCCAGUCUGUGAGCCUGUUUGCGGAAUAUCAACUCGCACCGUAAGAGGGCGUAUAUAUGGAGGGCAAAACGCAAAGCUUGGCGAUUUUCCCUGGCAAGUCCUAUUACUAGGUCGAACUACGGCAGCAGGCGCACUCCUACAGGACAACUGGAUCCUCACAGCUGCUCACGCUGUGUAUGAGCAAAAAGAAGAUGCCUCCUCCUUAGAGAUCAGAAUGGGUGCCCUGAAGAGACUGUCAGCUCAUUAUACACAAGCCUGGGCCGAGGCCAUUUUUAUACACGAAGGCUAUACUCAUGAUGCUGGCUUUGAUAACGACAUAGCACUGAUUAAGUUGAAGAACAGAGUUGUAAUCAAUAGCAACAUCCUGCCUAUCUGUUUGCCACGAAAAGAAGCCGAAUCCUUCAUGAGGACAAAUGACAUUGGAACCGUGUCUGGAUGGGGAUUAACCCAAAGGGGUUUUCUUGCCAGGAGUCUAAUGUUUGUUGACAUUCCAACUGUCGAUCACCAGAAAUGUACUGCUGCGUAUGAAAAGCAGCCCUAUCCAGGGGGGAGGGUGACAGAAAACAUGCUUUGCGCUGGCUUAGAAGGCGGGGGCAAGGACAGCUGCAAAGGGGACAGUGGAGGGGCAUUAGUGUUUCUAGAUAACGAGACACAGACAUGGUUUGUGGGAGGAAUAGUGUCCUGGGGUUCCAUGAAUUGUGGGGAAGCAAACCAGUAUGGGGUCUACACAAAAGUUGUUAACUAUAUUCCCUGGAUCAAGAACAUAAUUAAUAACUUUUAA